AUGCUCUCCCCUGCAAACCUUACUCGGUACUUGAGCGGCCGGGCAAGCGCUACCUCGGAGGCUAUCGCAGUCACUGGAAGGAUCUUUGCGCCUCAGCUUGGCCUCUACCUCGCCUUUUGGGGCUCCUUCCACCUCCUCGAAUUUCUCGUCACAGCAAGAUGGAACCCCUCGCGGCUCAUGAAGGACUCAUUCCUAUUGCUCAAUGGUUGGAAUUACCAUGCGGCUCACCUCUUAGGCAUCCUCGAAUUCAUUCUCGAAUCUCUCCUCUUCCCAUCCCACAAAUCCCCCCUCACCUUUCUGAACUACCUCGGGCUCUGCACCGUCCUGCUAGGCCAGUACCUACGCUCCACAGCUAUGAUCCACGCUUCUUCCAACUUCUCACACAUUGUCGCAUCGAACAAGCGACCGGACCAUAUGUUGGUCAAGACGGGUCUGUAUAGUCUGGUGCGACAUCCGAGCUACACGGGAUUCUUCGUCUGGGCUGUGGGCACGCAAUUGCUCCUCGCCAACCCAAUUAGCACAGUCGUCUUCAUCGGAGUACUGUGGCGCUUUUUCCAGCAAAGAAUACAGAACGAGGAGAAGCACCUCAUCUCCUUCUUUGGCGAGGAGUACAAGGAGUACAAGAGACAGGUACCGAGCGGUAUUCCGUUUGUCUGA